AUGUCCGAACGUGGUUCGUUCCGAGGGGGCCGUGGCCGCGGUGGUCGCCAGUCCCAGCAGAAAAGUGGCGGUGGUGGCGGUGCACAGGAGAAGCCCAAGAAGGAAAACAUCCUCGAUCUGAACAAGUACAUGGACAAGGAGGUCCAGGUCAAGUUCAAUGGCGGUCGUGAAGUCACUGGUACCCUGAAAGGUUAUGACCAGCUCAUGAACCUCGUCCUCGACGACGUCAAGGAAUCCAUGCGCGAUGACGAGGGUAACCAAACCACCCGCUCGCUCGGUUUGAUUGUGGCUCGUGGCACUCUGAUCGUGCUGAUCUCGCCAGCUGAUGGCAGCGAGGAGAUCCCCAACCCGUUCGUGCAGCCCGAGGAGUAA